AACGAUGCGCUUUGUUUCGUGUCCUCGAAUAUGAUGAACGGUUGCCCAUGUUAUCACGCACGUACUGUCCAUUAUCUAUUCCGCAAUAUUGUUUAUGAUUUAAUUUUAGUCCAUCAGCUUUGAAAAACACGACCAAUUCGUUUUUCAAAUCGUUUACCGUGAAGACAUUAUUGAGCGCGACCACAAUCUCGGAACAUCGAGUAUUGCGUUUCGUCCCAGACGAUCAUGUUCUCCAGAAUUUUUUCGAAAACCGGUGACGUCUAAUGUAAUAAAAUUAUAUUUACAAAAUGGAAACAAAAAAAGAAUUUAACGAUUUUCAAUCUUCCUUGAAGGAUUUCAAUACAAUUAUUGCAUCAAAAUUGUUAUCUGACGAGAAAUUUGUCACAAAUCAUGUUUCAGAAAUAAUUCCUUUAUUGGGCAAGGAAUUAUCUAACUACAAUUUAAUGAAUAGACCAGAUUAUUUCAACUUUUGUGAAGGAGAAUUACUUAAAAUGGCAAAAACUAAAGAUUACCAAGAAAUAAUUUUUGAUUUUUUGGAGUUGAUCGAUAUGUACGAGUGUAGAUUAUCAUCAUCUGUUUUAGUAGCUGUUACUAUUUUGGAAAAUACUGAAAGUCCUAAUCGAGCAUGUUUAGAAUAUUUAUUAAUCAGCACAUUUAAUCGUUUAAAAGAAAUGAAUAUAAAAAAUUUAAAGGCUAUUUUGCUAAAUAUAAUUGAACAUUUAAGAAAAUUGAAUAAACAUUUUUAUCAUGAAAAUUCAAUAUUAUAUUAUUUUGCUAGAGUUGCUUUUUUGGUAUUUCAUGCUAAUAUUGAUUCAAUUGAGUAUACAAUGUAUACAAACAUAUUAUCCGACAUAAUUUACGAUCCAUUUCUUUUACUUGAACAUGAAUUUGAAGAAAUGGAAGAAAAUGUCUAUUUGGCUUCAUUUUUUUAUCUGUACUUCCAAACUGAAAUGACAUGGGGACCUAAAAUUUAUAAUCAGUUUUAUAUAUUAGAAAAAUGCUCUAAUUUAGCGUUUUCUGUGUUUGAAAAUAAUAAAUUUGGAAAAUCUUUUGCUAAAUUAAUUUUAACAAAAUAUAAAAAUAAUGAAAUUCCAUUAUAUUUAUUAAAUAAAUGCCAUGAAAGUUUUAUAGACGAAGCUGCAUAUAGUUGUGUAUAUAAUGAUCAGUUGAGUACUAGAAAGGAAUCAAUUGAAUCAUUAAUGAUAUAUAUUGAUAAAUUAUGCACUGAUGCUCAGUAUAUUGUUCUAAAGAAAUCAUUUUUAAAGCCAAUGGACACUUGCGUUAAAGCGCAACUAAUGAUUAAGAUGAAAGAUAUUUUAAUAGCAAAAAUAAGAUCAAAUCAGAAUCUUGGAUAUUUUCAAGGAGUGCGACUUUUGGAUUUGGUUCGACUAUGUAUUAAAACGGAUGAUAUAUCUAACUGUCAAGUUGUAAGAAACAAAGAAUACAUUUUAGCUGCUAUAACACUUGUAUAUGUACUAUAUGCAUACAAUGAUGAACGAUUAAACAUGGGAAAAAUAUUUUCAAAUGAUCUCAAACAAUUCGUAAAUAUUGUUCAAAAUGCCAUUGAUUAUACGAAUGAACAGUACAAAUUGGAAAAUAAGAAAUUAGAUGAUAAAAUAGUUGAUGAAGAAAAUGCUUUGAAUCUUCCAAAAUUAUCAGAAAGUGAACAACGGAAUAUGUUAGCACAUUUUAAUACUUCCACUAAAUUGGUGCAGUCUAGUUUAGAUAUGUUAAAAAACAAGAUUAAAAAUGUCUUACAAGAUUAAUUCAUUUUGAUGUGUGUAUAUGUACAAGCAUACAUUUUUGUCUUUGUUUUUUUAAACAAAUAGUGAAAUAGUAAGAUAAUAAUGAAAAAACUAAAUUGCAUAUCAUAUUUAAUUAUUUUUUAACUCUAUAACUCAUAUAA